AUGAAAGUAACCCAGCUUGCUGCGAUGUUAGCCGCAGCCCUCAACUUAGCAAAUGCCGAGGAGUUUUUGAUACGGCUGAAAGCACCCAAGACAUUAAGCAGGCUUGUCGAAGCUCGGAUCAACGAUGACGUCUUGAAUGCCUUUUCCGAAGGCAAGAUUCUCAGAACUUUCUCGUUCGGAAAAUUCGAAGGGUUCACGGUAGAUUUCCCAAUCAACUCCAUUGCGAAACUCAGAACUAACCCGCUGGUAGCGGAAAUUGUUCCUAACGUCGAAUUCAAUGCUUUUGAUAGCGCGCUUCGGGCAUAUGAUGGUGAGGAGCGCAAUCUGCCAGCCAGGGACGGACGAGAACAAAAUGCUCGCGAUGGCAGCAACGACGAUGAUGACGAUAAUAAUGAUGAAGAUGAUGAUAGCGGCGAUGACGAUGAUGAUGAAACUGACGAUGAUGAAGGAGACUUCCUCGAUGUUGGUAUUCAGAAAAAUGCGCCCAGACACUUGGCCCGGGUCUCUCGAAGGUCUGCUUUGCCAUAUGAUCCAACCGAGGUCGCUUCUGUGAGCUCCAAUUUUAGCUACUACUUUGACCCCGAUUUCUUGGGCACCUGUGUUAAUGCCUAUGUUAUUGAUACCGGCAUUACCAAAGAACACAAAGAAUUUGAGGGACGUGCAAAAUUCGGUGCAGACCUCGUAGGAGAAGGGCCUGGUGACAUGAACGGACACGGAACACAUGUCGCUGGGCUCCUUGGCUCCCGAACCUACGGCAUUGCUAAGGAUGUCACCUUGAUUGAGGUUAAAGCUCUCAAUGGCAGGGGCCAAGGCAAUUUAACAUCAGUCAUUAGUGCCAUCGAGUUCACCGUCAACCACUGCCGGCAGAGUGGGCGUAGUUGUGUGGCCAAUUUGAGUUUGGGCUCAUUUAGGAACUCAGUGUUGAAUCAAGCGGUUGAAGCUGCUCUUGAGGCAGGUGUGGUGGUUGUGGUGGCAGCCGGGAACUCAAACGCAAAUGCUUGCUGGAGUAGCCCAGCUUCAUCUUUGUCUGCACUUACGGUUGGUGCUUUUGACGACCGCACUGACACCGUUGCCAGGUUUUCAAACUGGGGCAAUUGUGUUGAUAUUUUUGCGCCUGGUGUGAGAGUCAAUUCCCUGUCGAACAAACCACCCUAUAAACCAGUCGCAUACUCUGGCACUUCUAUGGCAUCACCAAUUGUUUCUGGCAUGGUGGCUACGUUGUUGGAUAGUGGCGUGCAUCCCUAUGACAUUAAAGCCGCCCUUGUCGAGCUUUCUACUGAGUCGAUUUUCCACAAAAGAAGCUUAAUAUUCAAGCCUGGAACACCGAACAGAAUUCUCUUCACCGGGGUUGACAAACAGGAUGAUAUUUUUGACGAUGCAAUUUACCCCGGCGUUGAUAUUGACGAAUUAGUGAGAGACUUGGAAGGUUACAAUAAGGACGGGCAUGUUGCCGAAGAUGAUGCAACUUUGCCCCUGGGUGACAUAAGAAUACGUAAGCGGUCAAGGGCGACGACAUUAAGACCAUAUAUAAAGCCCAUCUACCCAACUACCGUUGUGUAA